GCCGGGCCCGCCCCGGCCAGGCCCCAUCGGGCACCGCGUGGGGAGGCGGUGCCGGGCAGCCAUGGCGGAGCGGGAAGGCCCCGAGGGCCCUCGGCGGCCGUCGGGCGGGCGGAAGAUGUCCCUGCAGAGAUGCGAAACAUGCAGCGAAGAGGAAGCUAAGUACAGAUGUCCACGGUGCAUGAAAUAUUCAUGCAGUCUAUUGUGUGUAAAGAAGCAUAAGCUUGCACUGAGCUGUAAUGGAGUCAGGGAUAAAACAGCAUUUGUCUCUGUAAAUGAAUUUACUGACUUGAACCUUUUGAGCGAUUAUCGUUUCCUGGAAGAUGUGGGAAGGACAGCUGAUGCUGCUGCUCGACAUCCUACUAUGCAUAGUCCAACAACAAAAAAACUUUUAUGUUGCUUGAGAAACAAAGCUCGAAAGUGUAAUAUUGACCUGAGAACGCUGCCUGUUGGAUUUACAAAAAGAAGAGAAAAUUCAACCACCUUCAAUUGCAUGGAGAAUAAGUUCUACUGGCAUUUGAAGCUCGUAUUUCCUCACUGUCAUGCUGAAUACACUUUAAAAGGGGUGCCUGAUGAUAAAACACUCGCUGAUAUCCUUAAGCCGUACAUUGAUCCAGUGGAAUCAGAUCCUGUAGUUUGUCAAAGGUUAAAAAUCUAUACAGCGUCCCCUCAGUCAGAUGUACAAAUUUUAAUGAAAAUAGAAAACAGGAAACAAAACUCUGUCAGGUACAAUGAACUGGAUGCCAGUAGAAGCCUCCUGGACAAUUUGAAAGGCAAAGUAAUAAUUGAGUAUCCAACAUUAUUUGUGGUCUUGAAAACGUUGAAGAAUGACAUGGUGGUUCUUGGCCAAGGCCUGCGUCUCUCCAGGGACAGGGCUUUCCGGAGAAACAAAUCAAGAAAAAAAACCUGGUUUAUCUUCCCUCCACCCAGCGUCAGUUCUUCGUGGCUGUGCAUAGGGACUGCGGAGCAGCGUGAAGUGCUGUGUAGGACAGAGGCUCCUCCAGGUGCUGGUGCUCCCACAGACACUGGUGAGUUAGAGGCAUCCAGAAACCUCUUGGUUAAGUGGUAAGGAACAGCACAAAUUUAAGUGGAACAAACUGAUCACUUGUGUCACUCCCUGUGUACUACCUGCUUCCUGUGGAAGCACCUACCCGUUGUUCCCCAUGGAGGGGCAAACAGCUAUUGAGCAUUUCCCUCUGAAGAAGAGAUCAUUUCAUGUCUAUUCUGUGAUGAAUUGCAGCAAGAGUUAUUGCCACCAGCCUGGAUACAUUAAUACUAAAGCUAAUCUGUGUAUCUUUUCAUGUUUUAUAGCUCUGACACUUAGGACAGCAUAUUAAUAAACUCAGUAAAAAAGCCUAUUGGAAAUCUUUCACUUUCUUAGCUUGAUUUGAGAUGUAUUAAUCUGUCUAUUUGUCUCUAGUACUAAUCUUAGUGCCAAGGAAGCUGGCAAAAGAACUGCUUGCCUUUUGCAGGCACACAAGGGAAACCACAAAGCUGUUGACUCGUGUGCAUACAUAUACAUAUAAAGAUGUGCGUGUGUGUGUGUCUCUCUCUCUCUCCCCAUAUUCUCUUUCUUGUGGAUACAAAAUCUAAUUCCCCUUUAAGAAGUUUCAUGUAAAUAUACAGUUUCAUAGUUGAAUCUGCAAGUUAUUGACCAAGUCAACACCAAAAACGCACCAAGCAUGUACAAAUCAAGGCAAAAGAUGCCGAAGUGAUAAGAAAGGCUGGGAGUUCAUUCUUGGGCAGCUGAGUCCUGGAAGGAAUGGGAAAUGCGAACAAAGAAAAACAAGAAAUGCUACAGCCAAAUGUCAUUGCAUCUUACUGCUGAGUUUGCAAGGGCUUUUCAGGCAAUGAAAGGGAAGGACAGCCUGCCACACCUGUGGGGGGUGCUGCCAACUGGUCAGCUGGCUCCAUAGAAAAGGGAAAUGGAGGCUUAGGAUAAACACUAAAAAGCAAUUCAAGUUACAUUGCGAAGGGCUUGGGUCCUUUAAAACAUAUUAACCUGCAUCAAUCAGCAUUUUUAAGCUUUUACUUUUUUAGGGAAUAAAUGUAUAGUUUUGGUAGAAGAGUUGAAGGGGAAAAAAAACCAGCAUGUGCAUUAUUCCUCUUGUAUCAGUGCAGUCCAGUUUAGCAGCCAUAAUUUAACAAAGACUUUAUCCCACCCUUCCCUCAGGCAGCCUUUUUCUGCUGCCCUUGGGGGCACCUGCAGCACCUCACAGCAGCUGGUUUUGGAGUCAUAAGACCCAUUGAACAAUAGCUGUGUAAGUGUGAAUGGCAUGAGCCACCCCCCCCCCUUUUACUGCUGGAGCUGAUGCUUUCUUGCCAAGCUGAUAAAAUAGCAUACUUUAUUAAAAAUGCUGUCUGAUAGCAGGAAAAGUCUGUCUAAUUUUUCCAGGGCAGCCACAACAAGGACAAUUUACAAACCACUUAUCCUAGCCCUGUCUCCUCUUUCUCUCCUGGCUGGCGUAGUAUUUCUGCCACAUUUCUGGGAAGUAUGUCCAUCAGGGAAACAAAUGGUGUCUUUCUGUUCUUUUCUGUAAGAGAGAUGUCAACUAUUGUAAUUCAGCAUAAAUUUCCACAGAGUACUAAUCUUAUUUUUCAGUUGUGGUCAUCUAUGACCUAUGAACCUAUGGUAACUAACCCAUGCUUUUUUUAAAAUUUAAUAAGUGACUUUUCCCCUGCAGAGAAAGAAGGGCAAAAAUGGACAUAAGGCAUGGUGAAGGUGAGGAAAUAGGAACACAGGAGGUAAAUAGUCAGAGUCCUGCAGGUCUGUCCCCUAUGAUCUGUUUGCUCAGCCAAGUAAACCCAAAAGUUGAUCCUGGUUGUACUAGUGCAACCUAUUGUAACAAAUCAUGUGGGAAGACUAUAAAUGUGAGGAAUGCCCUGCGCCUCUGCACGUUGUCCAGGCUCCUUGGUGCCAUGUGUCAUGGCAACAAUGGUGCCAAAGCUGCCUUUUAAAGAAUCACCCUUUGACAGUUUUGUCUCCCAACAACUGUGUAGCUGUCAGCUCAUGGGAAUUCCUCCUUCUCCGGAGGAUGCAAAAUGCCAGCUGAGAAAACGCCCAGUUCAUUAUCCCAUAGCAGACAAAACAAAUAUUGUGUUUCCCCUGAACCAGCUAUAUAUAGAAUUAAUCUGACCCUGGUAAGACUCUGUGAGAUAGCUCGGGUUCAACUCAGGCAAGGGAAAAUGCUGCUCCCCAAAAGGAUUUCUCUACAAGCUGGCAGAUGCACUGUUGAUUUACACCAUCCAGAAGAGGUUGGUCUCCUCUUCCAGGAGUGAUCUGUUACAUAAAGAAUAGAUGGCAAUCUAAAUCCGCUCAGCAUUUGGAAAAUGAAAAAAUACUCAGGAGCUUCUCCAUGCAGUGGGGUGAAGUGACUUGUUGCCUAAUGUCUUUAGCUCCUCUAAAUGAGGAGCCCAGACAAUUAUCUAGUAAAAAUACUGUUUCAGUGAAUCACUGUGGGUUUUUGUAUUACAGUACUAGAGCAGAAAUUGAAAACUUCUGUCAACUAUCUGGGUGAAAACCCCUUCUGAGUCGCUUUUCAUGUAUCUAAAGCACAAUUGAAUUAACAUUUUUCUCUUCUAUGGCUGUGAGGAAGACCUGAUCCUGUACCUUUCCUAAGAGAAUGACCCAUUGAUCGUAAUGGGAGCUUUUCCUGCAGAGCAGUGUUUGCCUCUAUUAGUAAUGGCAUUUGGCUGUGCAGUAGUUGCAUGGUUUUCUGAAGAAAUCACUUAAACCUGUAUUCCUUUUAUAAAGUGACAUUCAGUGUCUGUCCAUCUUUCUGGUGCAGAUUCCCAUCACCAUAACAGGACAUGCUGGUGACUGAAUGGCUCAGUUGCUGUCUUGUCCUGGCUUUUCAGGGUCUCAGGUUUCAAGUAGCAUUUCAUUAAUAGUGUGAGAGAUGUCCAUUAAGGCUUUAGAGCCAGCGGUGUUGUUUCAGCAUCUGCAAGCGAUGGGAAGUGUGUUCAAACUUUGCAGCCAUCUAGCACGCCCGAGCAAUCAGCCUGUGUGGUAUGCGUUUGUAUUCAGCUGUGGUCCAAAUUCUCCUUUGUCAUGGUCACACAAGCUGUUCAACGGCAGUGACCAGCUGUGACCUUCAGUCACCUAGUGGUGCACAUAAAGGUUGCGCAUUUGCUACUGGGGAUGUUAGACUCAUCAUUACGUAGCUAUUUUCACUAAAACAAUAAUUGUCGGUGGGAAAAUGGUAAUAGAAUCAUAGGACUGGAAGGGACCUCUCCUCAUCCAUCCUUCUUCCCCAGCUCUGGCUUUCUGCUCCUGGCAGAUAUUUCUUUAAAUUCUUCUUAAACCCACCUGGUAUAGAGGCUGCACAUUCUUCCCAAUCUUUUUCUCUGCUCCUUAUUGAUAGAAAGUUUUCCAUAGUUUUCCUUGCAAUAAUUUAAGUCCGUUGCUUGCCUUCUACCUUGUAGAAAUUACUCCCUUCAUCUUUGUGGCAGCUUUUUACAUAGCUGUACACUGUUCUCAAGUCAUAGCUGUAAAAACCCCCGCCAACUUAUCAAUAUGCUGCUAGUGAUUUUGUCAAAUGGAUGAAAUUUCAGUCUGUGUAUCGAUGACUUUUCUGUCAUAACUUUUAAACCAUAUCUCCUGUUUCAAUUUCUAUUCCUUUCUUCUGAAAGCAAAUGCGCUAUUCACAUAUGCAUCCUCAAGUACAUUUUGCAAAGCAAUUUUCUUCUCACUGUCACUGCCAGCAGAUGACUCUGUGUAGUGUCAGUCACAAAACACCUGGAUUUGCAUCCUUUUCUGUAUGAAGCAUUUUCUCCUCUCUAAAUACAUCUUUCUGUGAUACUGCUUAAGCAGUCUGCAGUCCAUCUUCUGUUACAAGCAUAGUUUUCAUCAUUCUGCAUGAAUUCCAUAGUGUGACACAGCUUUUUUCUUUGCUGGAGGGCAGCUUUGCUCUUUUACACUGGUCUCUCCAGCAGGACAAAAUUACAGGAAAAUACUGGAUGUAGAGCAAGGUAGACAAUAAAUACUAUGUCGAUGACUGUAGCUGACCCAUUUUGUAUUACUGCAUAUGAUGAAUUUUAACAUGACUCC